UUGCCUCAACAGUAUGCAAUUCAGUUAGCUUAUGGCCCGUGGUUAUGGCAAAUUCGUAUCCGUAGUAUACAUAAUACAUAUCAGAUCAGUUACUGUGAGACGUGGGUCCAUAUCAGUGAGCCACUCAUCGAUCAUCGAUCGUAGCGAUCGAUGGCGCAAAUAUUCAAAACGAUCGAUAAACGAGCACAUGGAAUAUUCAUUCUUAACAAAAACGUUUCAAGUAAAAGUACAAGCUACAGAGAAGGGGAGGGGAAGACUAUUGGAUGACAGAGCAAAUCAGUCUAGUCAGAAAUAUACAGUAUACGUAGUUACGUAGCACUAUUUUGAGUAUCGAAUAUCCUAUAUCUACUGGUAAUCUGUAAUAUGUAAUGCAUCUGAUUCAAGCACAUCAAGUAUAUUAAGAAUUUUUAACUAUAUGUGAAAGAAACGUGUCACGGAACAGCUAGAAACUAACCUUGAUUGUGUGAAAGGAAAAUUAAUUCAUCAUGCGGUAAUGUACAUCCUAAAUAUCAAUAACGUACGUAUGAUAACCUUUGUGCAUUGAUUGCACGAUGGCUACGAGGAAACGAAGAGGCAUGCACACAUCGCCAGGUAGCUCCACGAUGUUCGGCUCGUCACCAAGUAAUUUAAGGUCGAGUCGUUUAAAUUUUCGUCCGAAUUCGGCUCAAGAAGACAGAGGUGGAACUCGGCCCACGGCUGCCCCAAGUUCUAUAGGUCUUAUACUUGUAACGAUGUUUUUACACGUUUGCAAAAAGUCUUUGCUAUUCGAUACAAGACUCAAGGUAGCUAUAUAUUGCGGCGCAAUAUUCGUAGUAUCAUUGGUAGCAGAUUUUAUCACUAUGCCAAGAACAUAUUUCUCGCGUCCAGAUAAUGCUCUCAACCAGUAUUUUGUAAAGUGGGGAUGGGGAUGGUUGCUGACCGUAACUGUUCCAUGGGUUGUAUUGACCGCGCACACACUUGGAUGUGGUCGUAGAUCAGUUUUACUUAAACACCUUGCCAGAUUGGGUUUAGCCACAACUGCAUGGUUAUUAUGGAUCAAAUUGUUUAAUUAUAUCGAAACAAAUUAUGGCCGAUGCCUUAGCACAAAGGAUAUACAAUUACAGACAAAAGCAAAAUGUCUCCAAUCUGGUAAAUUUUGGAGUGGUUUUGAUAUAUCCGGGCAUACAUUUAUUCUUAUAUAUUCAAGCUUGAUUUUAGCCGAGGAAGGCUCUUCGUUAGUCGGCUGGGAGGGUAUAAAGGAUUUAAUUAUGCGCGAAGAACAUUCGCGAGUUACACCAAACGAGCCCAAUAUCGGACCACUUCGAAAUCUUUCUGAUUCCGAUUUGGAAUUUUUAAAGAAGGCGCAUAAAGCGCUUACCCCCUAUUUGAGAGGUCUCUUCGUUGCAAUGACACUGCAACAAUUACUUUGGGAUACUAUGUUGAUAUCUACAAUGCUCUAUUAUCAUAUUAUGAUAGAAAAAUUUCUUGGAGGUGUAGCCGCUAUUUUAACGUGGUAUGUUACCUACCAAUGGUGGUUUAAAUCUCCAAAAAACUCAUUGCCCGCGCCCGGUGAUGGUUUAUUUAAAUACAAUGAAACAAAGACCCAUGACAAUAGCUCGAUCAGAUCGAGACGUAGUACGCUGAAUGGUACCAAUAGAUUUAUGGGAUUACCUAUCCGCCUAAGUCAGGAUAAUAUCGAUACAAUUGGUACUAAUAGGCAAUCAGAUUCGGAGAUAUCUGCUUCCAGGACAUAAAAAUGACCAAAUAAUUUUCUAGCUUUCACAUUUAUCAAUGGAAUUGGACAUUUCUGAUACGUUUAUAUCACCUUUUUACAUCUAUAUAAAUUAAAUGUAAAAAUGUAGUAUCCUGAGAUACUUACAUUUAUUUAACAUAUUUCUACAAUAGUUUUACUUCUCUUAAUUUGUGCAGGUAUUUAAUAGUUAUAAAGUCUAAAUUUAUCUGAUGGAAGAAAGUGCUAGUAAAAUGAUAUUCUCUGAAUCUUGUAUAUUAUGCAUUUUAAUGUACAUACUUUGAACAUUGGAUAAAUUGUAUUUAUUAUUGGUGUGGUUUUGUCAAAUUAAAGCUGCUAUUUUCUUUUUAAAAUAGAAACCAGUUAUGUAAGUAUUGCGAUCUAUUGUAAUUUACUAAUUUAUAUAUGAAAUAUUAAACAAAAUAAUUUUUUUACCCCCUCAUGGACUGUUAAAUUAAUUAGGACAUUGUUACGCAGUAUACAUAAUUACUGUUAUAGACAUAUUUUGUGGUCUUAUUUUGUAAUUUGUAUUUACUAAACUAUUGUUUGUUUUAUUGAUAAAAUGUUUGUAAUAAACCAUCAUAUGUA